AUGUUUAUAGGUACUACUAGUGGAGAUGUUUGGGGAAUUGAAAAAUCUAGCAAAGUUGUUGCUAAUAGAAUAAAAGAUUUGGCCAGAUCUGUGCUUUUGUACGUUGACGAAUUUGAUAGAGAACGGGG